AGUUAAAGCAAGAGAAUAAAAUAAAAGGAAAUAUUAGUCUGCCAAAGAAAUUUUCUAGAAAAAGUAGCAUAGUGAAAUCCUACUCAUUUAAUGGUAACUGAAAGAAGGAAUUUGUAUGGUGCAACUGCAAGCAAGCAGUGAGUGAUGAAGAUGAAAAGUGGUUUCCAUUUAAUGGAAGUGGUAGGCUUGGUAGCAUUUACAUUUUCAUUGAGGUGUGGCACUGCAAAGAUCAAAAGUCUUGUCUGUGUGGCUGUGAGGAAGGGAUGCUUUGCUUGAUGCUUGGAAAAACAAAACCAAAAGGCAUGAAGAUGUGAUGCCAAUUUUUCUAGUUUUAGUUUUAUCCACAAGCUUUUGUUUUGUGACUUAUAACUUUGUAACCUAUAAACCCACACAAACUCAACCUCCACCACCACUCUCAUCAUCUCUUACUCUUUUUUCUUUUGUUUUCUUUGUCCAAGACAUUGGCUUUGGAGUCUGAGGUACACAGUCUUGAAAGGAUUCACCACAUUCCUCACCACCCUUUUGUGUCCUCCAACUUCUCUGCAAGAUUUCCUCGCUUUCUAGGCCCUUGUCUCACGGUACACGCAUCUGCCUCUAAAUCUUUGAGCUUUUCAUUCAUUUAUUUUUGUUUCUUCGAAAUCUCAACAUGGGAAUCCGUGUUUUGGAUCAAGGCUUUGAUUCUUGAAACACAACUUGUCUUUCAAGUUAAACCUCCCAUCACUGCAGCAACACAUAUGUGUCUCACUCCAUCAUUGUUUGUAAUUAGUAUUGCUUCACGUUCACCACUUUUGUCAUCAAUAAAUCCACUCACCUCAUUCAAAGAGGUGUUAGUGUUGUUGUACUUUCACAAUUAUUAUACUUGAUGUCUGAUUUUUCUCUUCAAACACAAUGGCUGUGAUAGUUCCACACUUAUCAUAAUGCCAUUCAGAAGCAUACUGCGUGAGCUCAAGGAGAUUGGAGAGGGUAUCAGCAACAUGUAUAGAAGAGGGGGAGAGGGAAAGCAUGUGCAUCGCCAUGGAAAAUCUCACAUUGCACCAGAAUGUUCUCUACCACCAUCCUCCUCAUCAUCAUCCUCAUCUUCUUCCUCUUCUUCCUCUUCUUCAUCACAGAGCCGGUGGGCUAACUUACCACCAGAGUUGCUUUUAGACAUAAUUCAAAGGUUGGAAGCCAGUGAAACCUCAUGGCCUGCACGUAGAGCACUUGUGGCAUGUUCCUCAGUUUGUAGGCUGUGGAGAGAGAUAACAAAGGAUGUGGUCAAGACACCAGAACAGUGUGGUUUGCUCACUUUUCCUAUAUCACUGAAGCAGCCUGGCCCAAGAGACUCACCAAUCCAGUGUUUUAUUAGGAGAGAAAGAGUGUCUUCAACAUAUUGUUUAUAUCUCGGCCUGAGCCCUGCACUUUCUGGUGAUAUGAGCAAACUGUUACUGGCAGCAAAGAAGAUUCGAAGGGCAACAUGUACAGAAUUUUUAAUAUCAUUGGUUGCUGAUGAUUUCUCUCGAUCAAGCAACACUUACAUUGGAAAGUUGAGGUCUAAUUUUCUUGGCACCAAGUUCAUGAUCCUGGAUGGCGAGUCCCCACAGGAUUCUUCACUUCCAUUGAACUGCAAGUUGCAGCAAAGAGUCCAUCUGAAGCAGGUACUUCCCAAGGUUGCUGCUGCUGCUGCUAACUACAAAGUAGCCACAGUAUCUUAUGAACUCAAUGUCCUCCGAACAAGAGGUCCAAGGCGAAUGCGGUGUAUGAUGCACUUGAUACCCAUAUCUGCAAUCCAAGAAGGAGGAAGUGCUCCAACUCCUUUGAAGUUUACAAAUUAUCUUAAUGAGCAUGUAUCUACUACCACCACCACCACCUCAGACUCAAAAGGAAGGAAGCCAGAAAUUGUUGAGUUUGACACAAAUGACACUGAAAAUACUCAAGAAUCAAGCCAGAGAACAAGGGAGCCAUUGGUUUUGAAAAACAAGGCCCCUAGAUGGCAUGAACAACUACAAUGCUGGUGCUUGAAUUUCAAGGGAAGGGUUACAGUGGCCUCUGUGAAGAACUUCCAGCUCGUGGCAGCUGCUGAACCAUGCCAAAAUGUUUCAGCUGCUGAACAAGAAAAAGUGAUACUACAAUUUGGAAAAAUUGGGAAGGACAUAUUCACCAUGGAUUACCGAUACCCCCUCUCAGCUUUUCAAGCCUUUGCAAUAUGUUUGAGCAGCUUUGACACAAAACCAGCUUGUGAAUGAUUGAUAUCACGACUUGUGCCUACACCAUUGUUGUCGUGUCACUCUUCCUUGAUAUAAAAUGUACAUAUUUUUAUAAGGAAGGAGAGAAGAAGCUGGACCAAACAGCUCUCAUUCUAAUGAGUACUUUAAUUCUGCAUGCACAAGUUUAAUUUGUGUAAUGCUAUCUUUUAGGAUUCAUGUUUAAUGGAAACUCUACUGUAAACAAGUUUGUUAACGUAA